UCAUAAUUGUCGCCCCCAAAGAAAUUUUCCAUGGAAAUACAGGCCCGACUUUAACCCAUUGCCCCCAGUGGACGACUUUCAUUUUCAGUCCAGCACAGACCUUAAUCGGCAUCUCUUCAGAUUUGCGCCAUGCGCGAUGCUAUCAUCACUCUGUCGCUGCAGCAAAUGUGACAGACCAUUACAACUCCAAAAAAUCAUGCACAUGUUUUGAAAGUUGGGGCACCUUUUCAGGAGUGGGGUGACACUACUAAUUAAUGCAUCCUCAUAGCACUCUCGAGAACUUUUUCCUGGAAGACCACCUGAAAACCACAACAAACCUUUGUUAAAAGGCCUGAAUCAUACUAGGUAAGUAUUAGUUGCUGAAAUUUAGACUGACAUGAAUAUAUAUGUUAUUGUCUUUCUCAUUCAAAUUUUAGCUGAGGGGUAUGCUAUAUCAGAUGUACACAUUGGCUACCAGUUAACUCUUGCCGUUCCUUCUGCAUAUACGGAGGGCUUAUCGGGUAGAGCUUAUCUGAUGGAAACUGAACAACUUUCGCCCAACUUUAGAACAGCGCUCAGUGUGGAAGCUAUCAAUGAAAAGUACUGGUGUUCGCUUGACAUCUUUCUUGGAGAUGUAAGAGUAUGGACUUCAGGCCAUUUAUCCAAAUUCUACACAACGGAGAAAUGCGUGCUUGAGCUAACAUAUUAUGGAGACUUGAGAUUGAAGGACCAGAACGAAAGAAUCGGAUGGCGAAGUGGAACUUCAGGACAGGGUGUGGAGAGACUACAAUUACUCAGGACUGGCAACCUGGUUCUAGUUGAUUCCCUCAACUUGAUUAAGUGGCAAAGUUUCAAUUUUCCAACUAAUAUUAUGAUGUGGGGGCAGAGUCUAAGUUCCGCAACACGGUUAACUUCUUUCCCAAUCAACUCAAGUAAUUUAUUUUAUUCAUUUGAAAUUCAGUAUGACAAGAUUGCACUGUAUUUGAAUUUUGGUAAUUGGAAGUAUUCUUAUUGGGAAUUUAGGCCUUCCAUUAAGAAAAACAUUACAUUUGUCCAAUUGAGUUCUGAAGGGCUGGGAUUAUUCACUGGAAAACACCAGAAAAUUGAUCAGAUCACGUCAGAAGGACCUGAACCCCUGAGGUUUUUAGCACUUGGAAAUAACACAGGUAAUUUGGGACUCUAUCAUUACUCUGCUGAACAGGGAGAGUUUGAAGAAUCCUAUGAAGCCCUCAACACUUCAUGCGAUCUUCCUUUGGCAUGUAAGCCCUAUGGUAUAUGUACUUCAUCAAACAUGUGUUCAUGCAUUCGAGUAGUAGAAAGUGAUGGAUUCCAACCGGAUUGCAGGGCAAGAAAUAUUGAGGGGCUAUGUGGGAGGAGUCGAGCUGAGAUGCUCGAGUUACGGGGUGCUAUCACUGUCCUCAAGGGCAAUCCAAAUGAGGCUAAUGUUACCAAAGAAAUAUGUGCAAAUCUGUGCUUGGAUGACUGUAGUUGUGUUGCAGCACAAUAUACAAACUUAGGAGAAUGCUUUCUGUAUAAAUUUAUCAGGGGAAUCAAGCAAGUUGAAAGAAGAAAUGGUCUAAUUUUCAUGGUUAAGAUACCAAAAGGAGAAGAUGAGGGCCAUGGAAGGCAUUCUGGAUUGCAGAAAUGGGUCAUAAUUGUGGUAGGAGUGGUUGAUGGAUUCAUUAUUUUUCUUGUGUUGGGGGGAGUUGGUUACUAUAUAAUUCGAAAGAAAUUAAAGAAUUCACCAAUUACUGGUCAAGAAACAUGACCCCAUCUAAUUGAGUUUUUCCAGGAACAGAUGAUGAAGUGGACUGACAAGGAUUUUUGUUUAUCAAGUGGGUUAGAAAAGGGUAAAUUCCCUGAUCAUCCUCAACCUUUAUUUCUUGAAAUUUCUACCAUCAACCUAUGUAGAUUUUAGCAGUCAUUGUCCCAGAUAAUAGUUUCAGUCAAUAAUACUGCCAUCAACGUGACUUGAAAUGUCAAUUUUUCACUUUAGUUCACAUAAACAUUAAAAAGAAGAAGCAAAACUUAAACUGGCUCAUCUUCAUCUGGCACAGACAUUCCCAGACCACUCUUACAAAUCCCCCAAACUCACCUCAAGCCACCACCAUUGCCCACAUCAGCCCCAUCGCUGCUCCACCUAAAAGCAUUCUCACAGUCCCCACCGCCACUGCGAGUGUUGUAACAGCAAGUUGUAAGAAAUAAGCGUUUUUUCACAUUUCGCCUUUUUUGGUGAAAAAUGAUUUGGAAUGCCUUUGAAUUCGUGGCAGGAGAGAGUUAAUGGAGAAAUUAAAAUUCACCAAACUAUGAAGGUGAAUUUUGAAGGGAAUAUAAUGUAAAUCUUUUGGCUGUGUGCUUGUUGCAGGAUUUUGGAAGGUGUGAGUGCUGAACACUCCAAUUUUGAGUGGACUUCCUUCUAUGAAUCUUUCUGUAUAUUUCUAUACUUUUUAGUGUCUUUGUUUCAUUCCAUUUUUAAUGCUUUGGGAUUGUUUUCCCCUGAAAAAAAUUCUUGGAUUUCAUGUAAAUACAUCAAUCUUUCUCUGAAGUCUUGUGUGCAACAAUCAAUUUGUAAUCUUUUUACAGGUGAUUUAUUUGUUGAUUCUUUGA